UUCACGGAUAUGUAGAACACAUCUACAACGUAUACUCGGUAUACUCCGCACUCUGGAACGUAACUAUACACGCAUAUUCAGACUUAGGUUUCAGAAAUACUGUCACUGACUGUCACAUAACAUAAGCACUGUGCAUCUUCUUGUUACAAAUGCGUGCAAUUAAUACUGAACGUUAGCAGUUUCUCUACUCCUUUCGUGUAGAUUCUCGCAUCGUUUGACGUUUCACGAAUUUAAUGCGUAUUUCAGAUAGAUAAUACUACAAUGGAUAUCGAUAUGUCUGACAUGGAAGAAGAUGAGUUCCAAGAUGCUCACGAAUCUCUACCGCAGCCUACUUCCAUGGAUUUGGAUACAGCGAUAAUGGAAGCAAGGAAAGCGAUACAUUGUUUUUUCAAUAAUGAUUUCGACGAAGCGAGGAAGAUUAUGGAACCAUGGGCGAACAGCAGCAUGUACCAUUCCUUAGGAACGAGCGUAUUCGCAUUUCUGGAGGCUAUUCUCACAUUCGAACAAAGUCACAUUGAAAAAGCAGCAGUAGCUGUAAGGCAGUGCAUGACCGUAUGCUUGAAACAACGUAAACACACGACACUAACGCAAAAUAUUGGCAAAAUGGUCAAGAGGACUAACUACGAUUCUUACACAAUUGAGGAAGUGCAUGCAGAACUCUGUUAUGCUGAAUCACUCCUUUUAAAGUCGAUGUUAACGUUUGUGGAAGACGAGACAUUGGUCAGCUUCGUCAAGGCUGGAUUGAAAAUUCGUACCUGCUAUUUGUCCUAUAAGGAAUGUUUAACGAUUUUAAAUAACCGUAAAUGGGAAAGCGAGGCUCAUAGAAUACAUUUCGAGAGUGGUGUUCGUACCGGUAUCGGUGCAUUUAAUUUGAUGAUCUCGCUGAUGCCGGCAAAAAUUAUUAAACUCUUAGAGUUCAUUGGAUUCUCGGGUGAUAAGGACUAUGGUUUAUCGGAACUAGAAGCAGGGUAUAAAGAAAGAGCAGGAUUGCGACACGUAUUGUGCGUAAUGAUUCUUUUGGCUUACAAUCUGUUGGUCACAUUCAUUUUGAGUCAUUCGGACGGUGAUUUGGACUGGUGUGAAAGAGUCCUGGAGGAGGAACUAAGCCUUUAUCCAAACGGUGUAUGGUUCUUAUUUUUCAAGGGUAGAUUAGAGUUAACGAGAGGGAAUUUCGAAAGUUCCGUAGAUUGGUAUACGAAGUCUUGGAAGAGCCAAGAUUUAUGGCCUCAAUUUCACCACAUAUGUUUCUGGGAACUAAUGUGGGCGCACUGUGCACUGCAACAGUGGAGUCAAGCCUCAACGUUCGCCAAUAUUCUAGCUACAGAAUCAAAUUGGUCGAGGACUACUUAUUUCUAUCAGAGAGCGGCGACGCUUAUUAUGCAAAACCCUCCAUCGAACAGCGAGGAGAAGCAAACGAUAGACACUCUGAUGAUGCAGGCACCUACUCAUAAACAACGUAUCGCCGGAAAGUCUUUACCGAUGGAAAAGUUUGUGAUUAAAAAAACUAAACGGUAUUUUGCUCAAAAGAAAAGACUAGUCCUGCCUAUAUUUGAACUUAUGUACGUAUGGAAUCUGUUUCGCACAGUAGGGAAACGUCAAGAUUUAACGUUGAACAUGUUCAAAGUAAUCGAAGACGCUGAAAAGGAACUCGCGAGAGCCCCAAAAACCGAAUUUCAUGCGGACAAUGAAGGACUUAUAUUGCUUCUUAAGGGUGCCUGUUUACGGCAAAUGAAGCACCCUUUAUUGGCUGAGAAUUGUUUGAGGCGCGUUCUGGAAUUAGAUAAAUCCAUCAAAGAAGACACGUACUUACUCCCUUACACAACGGUAGAACUAGCUUUAUUGGCGCACGAUCAAGGGAACGUUCCACUCGCUAUCACAUAUUUAGAAGACGCUAGAAAAAAUUAUUCUGGUUACGUAUUGGAGUCCAGGCUACAUUUCAGAAUUCAUUCCGAUCUGAUGACACUGACUGGAAAGAAACCCGAAGAUAUUCUAUCAUAAUACAGAGUAUAUUAUAUUGUACCUGAGGAAUAAGUUUUCUGCUCGGGAGUUACUGCCAAUAGCACCACUAUUGAAGAUUCGGGCAGUAUCGGGCUAAGCUGACAAUUUUAUUCAAGAAAUCCUACCACAAGGCUUUUACUCCUUUCGUAUCUCCUUCGUUCAUCAGCUAUUUCUCUGCCAUUCACCUGUUCUCCAAUUUUUGUUAUCGAAUGUGCCAGUGAAAUAGCUAUGGGACGCACGAUAUUUUAUAUACAAAUAUUGUAUAAACAAAUAUCUCCAGUAGCUGAUAUUCGUCUAAUGUUAAAUGUGCACACACACGUUGCAAUCGAAUAAGAAAAGGUCUAGGAAAAUACUUAUAGAUUUAUUUAUUUUUUCAAUUUAAAUUAUUUUUAUUAUAACAUGUAUACUAGUGACAAAUAGUAAUAUAUGUGUAAGACACAAAAGUUAUAAUAAAUUAUUUAAUAUGUUAUAAAGGAGAUCUAGUAUGUGGGAAAGAGGAAAUUGGUAAUAAAAUUUAAUUUAUCACUGAUCAA